GCUCGCCGAGCUUCCUCUCUAUGUAAAUAUCCCGAAUUGCUACCCUGUGGCUGUGCGCCUGUCCCCCGCAUUCGUCGCCAUGGAGCUCCAACGCAAAGAAUACCCGGCAUUGCUGACAUCGCUUUCGCCCGCCCAAGCCGUCACCGUCCUCGACAGUCGCAUGAGACAUGUCGGCCAGCUCAACAACCACAUUGCCGACUGGCUACAGGAACGUCGUCGCGUCGAAGAACAAUAUGUCCAAGGUCUGCGGAAGCUCGCAAACAGACAUCCGCCCGAUGAGUCGUCGGAUCUGGGCAUCUUCGCAACCCCAUGGCAGAAGAUUGUGAGCGCAACCGAGUCCGUCGCCCAAUCCCACGCGCACCUGGCCACCAAGAUCGAGGCCGACGUCGAACGCCCCCUGCGCGACUUCACCGCCAGCAACCGAGAUGUACUGGCCAUGGCCAACAUCCAGGGAAACCUGUCCGCAAUCGCAAAAGACAUCGACACGGCGCAGAAGAAGCAAGGCAAACUUCGCGAUAAGGGAUCAAAGGCCAAAGCGUCCGCCGUUGCCGAUGCCGUGCAGGACAUCGAGAAGGCUGAGCUGCAAUGGGACUCGCAAGCACCCUACGUCUUCGAGCAACUGCAGGCCAUUGAUGAGACCCGUCUGAACCACCUACGCGAUGUGCUCACGCAAUUCCAAACCCAUGAAGUCGACCAGGUGGAGCGCAGCAGGACCACAGCUGAAGAGACGUUGAACGCCAUGCUGAACAUCGAAACAGCCGAUGAGAUACAAACGUGGGCAUUGAGGAUGCGGAACGGAGAUGCACCGCAACCUGUGCGAAAGCCGAGCAUUCCAGGGACUCCUUCGAGAAACCUCGCACCGCCUCCUCCUCUGCCAACAUCGCCCACUGCAGCGGAUGACAACAGGAGCCAGAAGAGCGGCUCUGUCGAGAAACACAGCUCCAAUCCUCUCAAGCGAUUUGGGACAGUUUUGGGGCGACGGAGACAGAGUGCGCAUCCAUACGGCAGAGCGACAUCACCAGACCGAAACUCUUCGUCAAACCUUGGUUCGGUAUUCGGUGGAUUCGGCAAGGGCAAAGCAAAGAAUAAUGAGAACCAGGGCUCCUCGUUGAGCACCACUGCAGAACGGCCAACUUCGCCUCUACGACGCCUCUCGCAGAGGCCCAGUACUUCCCAAAGAUCUGAUUCCCCAAGCCUCACCCGCCAGGGCAGCACUGAGGCUGCCCCAAACGGCACCAUACCUGAGUCGUCCGCUGAGGCAGACGCGCCAGGCGCUGUGAACGGAACAACGCCAGCUCAAGAGUCUAUACCAGAGCUCAAAGAGCCCCUGCCACCACUCCCAGUUAUAGAGACGCAGCCAGAACCGGAAAAGGAUUCUGAAGGAUUCUCUGUGCCCCCAUCCGCUCUGGAUGCCAUCUCGGAAGCCGAGAGGGAAGCAGGACUGGCACAAAAUGAGGGCAAUCCACCGCCACAAUUCAAGCUUGACAUUAGAAAUGCUCCUAUCCAGGAAGAGGACGGUGACGCUGAUGCAGCUACCGCCAACCUGGUCAACACUCUGCGCGCACAAGCCGCACAGCCAAAACGAUCAAGCACGUUGCGUGGUCGCCGAGAUGUUCGUAACACGAUAUUCGUACCGAACCCCGCAACACCAGAACUUCAAAGCAUAGGCGAGGUGCCUCCGCUCCCAACAAGUGAAUCUGGUCCCGCUUCCGGCCCUGGUUCAGCAACGUUUCCUGCCCCUGCUAUCCCUCCUCAACCUACAUCUCCAGCUUUCAAGCCUCCACAUCGCGCAUUGUUAUCGGAAGACCAUGCCACAUCGGAUACACAAUCCAUCCGCUCGGGCCGAUCGCUAAGUAGCUCCGCUAGUACCACAAUCAGACACCCGGACCUGCAUGAACCGGGGCUCAAUGCGUCGUUAGUGGAGACCGUCAGCGCGUGGUUCGAGCAGGGCAACGUUACCAAGGCAAUGGUAAUCGGGCAGGUUGCGCUUGCGUAUAACCCUGUCGACAUCUCUGCCGGUCCUUUCGGCACUGAGAGUAUACGUUUGGAGAACUUUCCUGUACUCGAGAAGGUUGCCCCUAAUCCUGCAUUCAUCGAGCAGUCGGCAGAUAGCCCGGGUAACUACACCGUAGAUUUGUCAAAGAUCAUGAAGACAUCGGUAGCCUUUCACUACCAGUUACACAUCGAAGACAGCAACAUCGGCUCCCUCCCACCAAUUCUUUUGUCCCCAGCCUGGAAAUCAGAACCGACACAGACGUCUGCCAUCCUCAACUACUCCCUCAACCCCAGAUUCGAACUUGGCGGUGCCACAAGCAUCACCAUUCGCAAUCUCGUCCUUGUGAUUCGACUCGAGCCUGGGUCGAAAGCGACGUCGUGCCAAUCGAAGCCCACUGGUACCUUCUCGCGCGACAAGGGACUCAUUUACUGGCGUCUAGGCGACGUAACCCUCUUUCAAGGCUCCGCCCCCCAAACCCUACGCGCACGCUUCGUAACUGACGGCCAGGCCAAACCUGGUAACACGGAAGCCCGCUGGGAGAUUAGCGAUGAGCAGUCUUUGACUCUGGGUAGCGGGCUAGGUGUUAGCAUGAUGGCGCCUCUCAACGCGAAGAAGGACGAUGGCGAGGCUGAUCCGUUUGCGGAUGCAGAGGAGAAUGCGCCGGCUAGUCCGGCGAUUGGGUGGAACUCUGUAGCUACUGUUAAGAAGAUUACCAGCGGGACGUAUUUGGGUGUUUAGAUAGGAAUAGUGUUGGCUUGAAUAAUGGAUAGAUGGAGAAAGAGACGGGAAUACGGACAAGCUUUAAUAUCAAGUGUAGAUGCAGUACGAAGAUGUUAAUCAACACAAUCUUUUCAAA